GAUACAUGAAGUUUUACGCAGUGUAUCAAGCAGCAUCACGUAUGGUUUCUCGCAGAGCCAAAACAAACGCAAUUAUAUUUCGGAUAACAGGCGAAGAAUCUUUCGAAAUUAUGGGUCGGGUAUAUACAGAAAAUAACAUUGGCUGGCGAAAUUUGAAGGGUGAGGAAAAUUUUAAAGAAAUAGAUUAUCAAAAUUCAAGAAUCAGUCAAAAUUAA